UCGAAGAAUCGAAUUUCUAUACUUAAAUGAAGAACCUUCCAAGAAAGAGAGCAAUAUAUUGUUAUAUUUAUAUUUAUAUAUAUGUAUAUAUAUAUUAUAUUAGUCAAUCCCACGUUCUUUAUAUAUCCCCACAUAAUAUUUGUUUGUGUUAUGUUAUAAUUUAAUAUUAUUUUAUUUUAUUAUAUAUAUACAUGUAUGCAUCAAUAUAUAUCAAUUCCCUACCAAACUUUGAAAAGAGAACAAAAAAGAAAAUAAAAAAAUAUUACUUUGCUAGGGCGAAAAAGAGAGUAUACUUCUAAGACUUAUUAUAAGACAUAUAACUAUAUGGAAGACCCUAAUGACUAUAACAACUACAAGAGGAGCCAAGAACAAGGUCAUGAUCAAGAUCAUCAUAGUAAUCCGGUGAAGUAUCGAGGAGUUAGGCGGCGGCCUUGGGGGAAAUUUGCUGCAGAGAUUAGGGAUCCGUCGAGGCAAGGAGCUAGGCUUUGGCUCGGGACAUUUGACACGGCUGAAGAGGCUGCUAGGGCUUAUGAUAGGGCUGCCUUUAACUUUAGAGGUCACCUUGCUAUUCUCAAUUUCCCUAAUGAGUACUAUUCUAGGGUUUUGGGAUCUCCUCCUUAUCCUCCAAACAUUUCAUUUUCGACUACUCAAAAUUCUUCUUAUGGUGUUUCUUCUUCUUCUUCUUCUGGUCCAGCUGGUCAGGGUUCUUCUGGUCCAGCUGGCCACCGCCAAGAAAGGCAAGUUUUCGAGUUUGAGUGUUUGGAUGAUAAGAUUUUGGAAGAGCUUCUUGGUUCUGAUCACAAGGAUAAGAAGAAAUAAUUAGUAAGAGAAAAUAGUUACAUUAAAAUUAUAAUUAUCAAUGCAUGAUCAUGCUUUUGAGUGCUAGUUAUUAGUACUUGAAAGGAAAAUUAUAUAUUAUUACUUAUUAAUUAAUGUUUAAUUUAGCUUAUUUGAUUUUAAUUUCAAUUUUGAUAUUCAUAUGAAAGAAUUGUGAUUUUUGUUUUUCCAA